AUGGCUCACAUUUGGCUUUUGUGUUUGGUAGCUGCUGCAGUUUCUGCAGAAGUGAAGCUGGACUGCAAGCAGAAUUCUGUGUCGCUGGUGUGGACAGACAGUGGCUUUGAUGCAGAUCCCUCACUCCUGCGGUUGGGUAACUGCUUUCCCAGCAGUUUCUUGGCCAGUGAUGCCAUGUUCAAAGUGGAUUUUGAUCACUGUAACUUCAGGAAGAUGGUUACUGGGAACCAGUUGGUGUACACAAAUGACCUGGUCUAUAUGUCUUCUCCUGACUCGCACUUGCUGCCCUUCAGUGAAACUGUUGCGUGUGCUUAUGAGAGGCCUAAAGACUGGACUCCAGUUACUUAUGAGCCAUUAUUUCAUACAUGGGCUCUUGGAGAUAUUGUGUUCCACCUUCAACUCAUGAAUGAUGACUUUUCAGGCCCAGCUGAAUCUACAACUUUUGUGUUGGGAUCAAUUAUUCCCAUCAUGGGUUCUGUUGAACAGAGUUCCCAUCAGCCCUUGCUGCUGCUUCUUGACGAGUGUAUAGCUGCCACCACACCAGACCUGCAACCUGGAAGUGACAUGUACCCAAUAAUCACCAACAAGGGGUGUCUUAUAGACAGCAAGAAGUCACGCUCCAGAUUUGAACCAAGGCAACAAUCAUCAGAGAUCCACUUAUCUCUACAAGCUUUCAAGUUUGCACUUGGGCAGGAGGUGUUUAUCCACUGUCAGCUUUGGGCUUGGGAUUCCACUGGACUAGACAACAGCAAAAAGGCAUGUCACUACAUAAAGGAUCAUGGCUGGCAGUUGCUAGAUAACCCUUCACAUAGUAGGCUGUGUGAUUGUUGUGAUUCUACUUGUUCUUCAAGGAGGGCAAGAAGUGUAUCAGGUACAGCUGGGAUACAGAAAAAAGCAGUCCUUGGCCCACUUACAAUUUUGGAUUCCUGA